AUGUCUGUCAGCACUAUUAGUCAAGAGUUAUCUAAGUUAGGCUUGAACCAACCUGAGCCAAUAAAGGACACAUACCCUGAUUACAAUGUCGUUGAUGUGUUUAGAAAUUACAUUGGUGAUGAAUUAAACCGAAUUUCUGGCAUUGAUAAAGAAAUCAUUGUUCAGGCUUUGGACACACCAAAGUUACUAGAUCAAGGUGACCUUAUUGUACCCAUCCCCAAGUUAAGGUUGAAAGGCGUUAAUCCAGGAGAAAAAUCCAAGGAAUGGGCUGAAAAAUUCAACAAGGGCAAGUAUAUCAGCGAUCUUGUACCACAAGGAGUUUUCCUUCAAUUCUUUUUUAACAAGUCGAUUCUUUUUGAUUUGGUCAUUUCUGAUGUCUUAAAGAGAAAGACUGACUACGGAUAUUUACCAUUGGGAGUCGGUAAGAAAGUUGUGGUGGAAUUCUCAUCCCCCAACAUUGCCAAACCAUUCCAUGCCGGGCAUUUGAGAUCGACGAUUAUUGGUGGUUUUGUUUCCAAUUUGUACGAAAAGAUUGGUUGGGAUGUCACUAGAAUCAACUAUUUGGGAGAUUGGGGUAAGCAAUUUGGUUUAUUGGCCGUUGGAUUUGAAAAGUAUGGAUCGGAGGAAGAGUUGGCAAAGGACCCAAUUAACCACUUGUUUGAAGUUUAUGUUAAAGUCAACAAUGACGUUCGUAAUGAAACCAAUGAAGCCACUGGUGAAGUUCAAGAGGGUGCUAUUGACGCCUCGGAGCAAGAUGAAAAGAAGAUUCAGUCUUCCACCAACGAAAAAGCAAGAGCCUUUUUCAGGAGAAUGGAAGAUGGCGAUGAAGCUGCAUUGAAAAUCUGGAAAAGAUUUAGAGACCUUUCUAUUGAUAAAUACGUUGACACCUACGCCCGUCUUAACAUUGUUUACGACUACUACUCUGGUGAGUCGCAAGUUCCACAACAAAAGAUGAAGGAUGCCACCAAGUUGUUUGAAGAAAAGGGUUUGGUUCAUGUCGACCGUGGAGCCAAAUUGAUUGACUUGAGUAAAUUCAACAAAAAAUUGGGCAAAGCUUUGGUUGAAAAGUCCGAUGGUACAUCUCUUUACUUGACUAGAGAUGUCGGUGAAGCUAUUAAACGUUAUGAAAAUUACAAGUUUGAUAAAAUGAUUUAUGUUGUUGCUUCGCAACAGGAUUUGCACUGUGCUCAAUUUUUUGAAAUUUUGAAACAAAUGGGCUUUGAUUGGGCACAAAACUUGGAACACAUCAACUUUGGUAUGGUUCAAGGAAUGUCGACUCGUAAAGGAAAUGUUGUUUUCUUGGACAAUAUCCUUCAAGAAACAAAGGAAAAGAUGCACGAUGUGAUGAAGAAGAAUGAGGACAAAUACAAACAAAUUGAAGACCCAGAAAAGAUUGCCGAUUUAGUUGGUAUCUCGGCCGUUAUGAUUCAAGAUUUCCAAUCGAAGCGUAUCUUGAACUAUGAAUUCAAAUGGGAUCGUAUGACCUCGUUUGAAGGUGACACUGGUCCAUAUUUACAAUACGCUCACUCUCGUUUGUGCUCGAUGCAAAGAAAGUCGGACAUUUCUGAAAAAGAAUUGGAGUCAGCAAACUUUGAUUUGUUGGUGGAGCCAUGUGCUGCUUCGUUAAUUAGAACAUUGGCCCAAUAUCCUGAUACUAUUAGAAGAGCCACCAAGAACAUGGAGCCUUCAACCAUUGUAACGUAUUUGUUUACAUUGUCCCACAUUGUUUCUCAAUGUUAUGAUAUCUUGUGGGUCUCGGGACAAGAAAGGGAGUUGGCUGUGGCAAGGUUGGCUUUAUAUGCCACAACAAGACAAGUCAUUUACAAUGGUAUGACUUUGUUGGGUCUUACUCCCGUUGAAAGAAUGUAA